AUGUUUACUCUCAGCCGCAGCGUGCUAGCGUCGUGCGCUCUUGCGCUAUCAGUCCUCGCCAGCGACGAGACCGCCAACAUCUCCGUGAAGCCUACCUGCCCAGUCGGCUUCUCCAUCACGCUCUUUGAAGACGACUUCUCGCAUGGUAUCUCUCCUCUCAAAUGGACCUACGAUCUAGGCACCUCCUACGAUGGUGGACCACCUCAGUGGGGAACAGGCGAGAUCCAGACCUACACAAAGCAUAAAUCGAAUAUCGAUACCACACCAUACGGAACUCUCAAAAUUACACCCCGAGUUAACAAUGGAUCGUGGACCUCUGCUCGUAUUGAAACGACUGCUAUUUGGGAUUUUAGCUGCCACCGAGGCGAGCGCGUCCGUGCCGAAGCUCGUCUCAAACUUGGAACCAACUCUCCUUCUCAAUCGCUGGGUAUCUGGCCAGCAUUCUGGUCCAUUGGCUCUGCACUACGCGGCAACUACCAGAACUGGCCGGCCAUUGGCGAGAUAGACAUUCUUGAAUCCAUCAAUGCUGACCCGAGAACAUUCACCACUGUCCACUGUGGUGAUGCCCCGGGGGGCCCCUGCAAUGAAUUUAGUGGCCUUGGCAGUUCCAACACCGCGCUGAAACGCGGCGUUUGGCAGACAAUUGCCGUUGAAAUUGAUAGACGCCAUCACUUUUUGUGGCCCGCGAAGAAGAAUGAGGAAAGCAUCCGCUGGUACGUCAACAAUAAGCUCCAGUGGACCCUGAAACAGUCCGAGCUCAACGAUACCGAUGCUUGGGCAGCUGUCGUUGGAAAUCCAAAGAUGCUGCUUCUCAAUGUGGCAGUGGGAGGCUCGUUCCCAGAUGCUAUUGCUGGGAUGAAGACACCGACAAACGAGACGCUGGGUGGCGACGGUGCUGCCUUGGAGGUCGACUAUGUCGGCGUCUAUGCUGGCGUCUUGUGA